GGAAGUUCGAGCGCUCGUCCCGGAAGUCGGACAAAUGGCCGCCGUUCCAGCAUAGCGCGUGCUACGUAUGGGCUGGUUUGGCGCGCAUUCCGCUAAAAAUGCCUGCUUGUUGCGCCGUCAACUGCACCAGCAGACCAGAGAAGUCGUCUGGGAAGACGUUCCACUUGUUCCCACGCUCUAAGCCGGAUUUAUACCGGCGUUGGGUGGUAAACUUAAGAAGGGACAAAUGGACUCCAUCCCCAGGUAGCAGACUCUGCAGUGACCACUUUACUGACAACUGUUUUGACAGAACGGGCGCACGAACUAGGCUACAGCCUGACGCCGUGCCCACCUUGUUUUCUUUCCCGAAGCACCUGGAAAAGAGGACUGCUGAGGGAAAGCCGCCUAAGCAGAGAACUGCCAUUGUGGAUGUGACCCCAGUGGAACAGCCAAACGACAACACUCCAACCACGGUGCAAGAGAACUCAGCCCAUGUCGCCAAGCACAGCUAUGCAGUCCUUGACACGCCAAAAACACUGAAGAGGAAACUGGAUGCUUGCACAGAUUAA